GUUCCGGGGGGUUCCUGGGACGUUCCAGCCCUGGGGCUCCUUGGGGAGCAGGGGGGUCCCACCUUGAGGAGGGUCCCACCCUGGGUGCAGCCGUGUCCCAACCCUCGUUGAGGUGACACUGGUGACAGAAGAUGGCGCCAGGGCAGGAGCUGAACCUCUUCUUCCUCCUCUCCCUCCUCUUCAUCGCGCCAGCCCAGGCACAAGAGCCCCAACGCUUGGAGGUGACUGGAGCCGUGGGCGGGGUGGCGUUUCUGAACCCCCAAAGGCCCCAAAAUCCCUCAAAAUACUCCCAAAUCCACUGGCGCUGGCAAAACCAGCUGAGGAUCGCCAUCCAGAAGAGGGGGGAGCAGCCCAGGUACCCCCAGAGACGCUUCGAGGGGCGCCUGGAGCUCCAGGAGGACGGAGCCCUCAGAAUGAGCAACCUGAGCCUCGAGGACAGCGGCGAGUACCAGCUGUACCUGGAGGACGACACGGGCAGGGAGAGCGUCCAGAGGGUCCUGCUGAGCGUCUAUGACCUGGUCCCGAAGCCGCGCGUGACGGCCACCACCAACGGUGACCCCCAGGUGUGCAACACCACCCUGAGCUGCUCCGUGGCCCUCCAAGGGGUCACCUACGAGUGGAUCGCGCCCCAGAAGCCCCUGGUGAAGGAGGGCCCCGUCCUGGAGGUCUCCAUCAACCCCGCGGUGGGAACCUACGUGUGCAAGGUCAGCAACCGCGUGUCCUCCAGCACCGCCUCGCUGACCUUCCGGCGGCCCUGCACCUGGACAGAUGAAUCCUCCUCAUCCUCCUCACCCGCGGCCUGCGCCACGCCCAGCGCCCUGGUGGCCCUGGGACACCUCGUCCUCCUCUUCCUCCUGCUCACGGUGGCUUGAGGAGCGCGCGGGUGGCGCCUGCGGUCACGUCCUCACCUUCCACCACCACGGGACCAAGAUCCAGACGGGGAUCCCGAAAUCCUCCGGGCGCGGGAAAACCGCGGGCGCGCGAGGGAACGGAGUCACCGGGACGGUUCAGUUUGGGGUCACUAAUCUGGAAAUCCUCCUCCCCCUCAUCCCAAAACCUGUGGGGAGGCCCAAUCCGAGCCCUUCCCGGGCUUCCCUGGAAUUCUGGGGGAUCAUUUUCUUGUUCUCAUGGCAUUUGGUACUCUCUGCGAGGGACGGUUUGGGGUUGGUUUUGGAUUUCCCAAAUACUUGUUUCACAUUAAAUUCCAUAUCCUGGAGACCAC